AUGGCGGGAGAUAAGACCGCGAGUAAACAACCACAGCCAGCCCCCACCUCUGCGGGAGACUCUCCAACACUAGCAGCUCAAGCUUUUAAAAUCAACAUUUUCCCUGAAUCCAAAAUUAUUGCUCAGAUUGGUGACUCCAUCUCACUGACUUGCAGCACAACAGGCUGCGAGUCCCCAUCGUUCUCCUGGAGAACUCAGAUAGACAGUUUGCUGAACGGGAAGGUGAGAAAUGAGGGGACCGAAUCCACGAUGACCAUGGAUCCUAUUAGUCUGGGGAAGGAACACUAUUACCUGUGCACAGCGAUUUGUGAGUCUCAGAAACUGGAAGAAAAAAUCCCAGUGGAGAUCUACUCUUUCCCUAAGGACCCAGAGAUUCAUUUGAGUGGCUCCCUGGAAGUUGGGAAGCCAGUCACAGUCAUGUGUUUGGUCCCUGCUGUGUACACAUUUGAAAAGCUGGAGAUAGGAUUACUGAAGGGCAACCGUUCCGUGAAGACACAGAACUUUCUGGAGCCUUCAGAAAUGAAGUCCCAGGAAACGAAGAGUUUGGAAGUAACUUUCACUCCUAUUGAUGAGGAUAUUGGGAAAGCUCUUGUUAGUCAAGCUACAGUACACAUUAAUGAAAUUGACUCUCAACCCCAAGUACUGGAGACUACAAAAAAACUGCAGGUCUAUGUCUCACCCAAGGACACAGUUAUAUCUGUGAAUCCCUCCACAAGCCUGCAAGAAGAUGACUCCGUGAUGAUGACAUGUACCAGUGAAGGUCUACCAGCUCCACAGAUUUUCUGGAGCAAGAAAUUAGACAUUGGGAAUCUACAGUUCCUUUCUGAGAACGCAACUCUCACUUUAAUUGCUAUAAGGAUGGAAGAUUCUGGAAUUUAUGUGUGUGAAAGAGUUAACCUGGUUGGGAAAGACAGAAAAGAGGUGAAAUUAAUUGUUCAAGAGAAAAUGUUUACUGUAGAGAUCUCUCCUGGAUCCCAGAUUGCUGCUCAGAUUGGCGACUCAGUUGUGUUGACCUGUGAUAUCACGGGUUGCAAGUCCCCAUCUUUCCCUUGGAGAACUUAGAUAGACAGCCCUCUAAAUGGGAAGGUGAGGAGCGAGGGGUCCAAGCCCACGUUGACCCUGAGCGCUGUGAGAUUUGAAAACGAACAUUCUUACCUGUGCACCGUGACAUGUGGGCAUAAGAAACUGGAAAAGGAAAUCCAGGUGGAGCUCUACUCCUUCCCUAGCGAUCCAGAAAUUGAGAUGAGUGGUCUGUUAGUGAGUGGAAACCUGGUCACUGUAAGAUGCAAGGUUCCUGAUGUGUAUCCUUUUGACCUGCUGGAGAUUGAAUUACUUAAAGGGGAGAGUAUUAUGAAAAAUAAAAUCUUUUGGGAAGAUGUAAGUAAGAAAUCCCUAGAGACCAAGAGACUGGAAAUGAUCUUCAUCCCCACCACUGAAAAUACUGGAAAAGUUCUUGUUUGUCUGGUGGCUAAGUUACCUAUUGAUGAAAUGGAAUUUGAACCCAAACAAAGGCAGAGUACACAGGUACUAUAUGUUAAUGUUGCUCUUGGGGAUACAACCCUCUUGGUCAGCCCCUCCUCCAUCCUGGAGGAAGGUAGAUCUGUGAAUAUGACAUGCUCUAGCCAUGGCCUUCCAGCUUCGUAAAUCCUGUGGAGCAGGCUGCUACGUAUAGGGGAUCUCCAGCCUCUUUCUGAGAAUAUCACUCUCGCCUUAACAUCUACAAAAAUGGAAGAUUCUGGUAUUUAUGUCUGUGAGGGCAUUAACCAGGUUGGAAUAAGCAGAAAAGAAGUCAGAUUAAUUAUCCAAAUUACUCCAAAAGAUAUACAAUUAACAGCUUUUCCUUCUGAGAAUGUCAAGGAUGGAGACACUGUCAUUAUCUCCUGUACGUGUGGAAAUGUUCCCCAAACUUUGAUAAUCCUGAAGAAAAAAAGAGAGCUAAAGUCUACGGAUAGUGCAUAUACCAUCCACAGGGCCCAGUUAGAGGAUGUGGGAGUAUAUGAAUGUGAAUCUAAAAAUGAAGUUAGCUUGCAAUUAACAAGGCUAACACUUGAUGUUAAAGGAAGAGAAAGUAACAAGGACUAUUUUUCUCCUGAACCUCUCGUGCUCUAUUGUGUAUCCUCCUUAAUAAUACCUGCCAUUGGAAUAAUUAUUUACUUUCCUAGAAAAGCUAACAUGAAAGGGUCAUACAGUCUUGUAGUAGCACAGAAAUCAAAAGUGUAG